AAUAUUUUAUAUUCUGACCUUUUCUUUCUCUACUUUUAUAACAUUUAGUACUUUUUUUUUUGGGGUCAAAAAUUAUAUUUAGUACUUAAUAUUUAUUGUAAUGUAAUACACUUACAAUUUUUAUUUUAGAUUAUUAAAAUACAUAAAGGCAUGGACCCACGGCUUACCAAAAGUGCCCCUCCCGGUUCGGUUCAUCUUUCUCAACUUAGCUUGCAAGAUUGGUACACACAACUCCUUUCUCUAAAAAUUCCAACAACACAACUCCAUCAUUACCGGAAAAUUUCCAUUUCUCCGAUCGAGCGAUCUGAGAUCUAACCACAACUGGAGCACAAUUUAUUCGUAUAAAAUUUAUUGGAGUUUUUGUUAAUGGCGAGCAGAAAUAGGACGAUUUUGUUUAGAAAGUAUAGAGAUGCGUUGAGAAGUGUUCGGAUCCCUGCGGGUUCUUCGCCGUCUACCUCAUCGCCGGGACAUGGUAGUGGACCGGUGAUCGAAUUGGCAACGACGUCGUUGCUUAAUCCUAAUCGAUCUUAUGCUCCUCUUAGUACCGAAGAUCCUGGAACCUCCAGUAAUGGUCCAGUUACAGUAGGUCUACCGCCAGCUUGGGUGGAUGUGUCAGAAGAAAUCACGGCUAAUGUGCAACGGGUCCGCACAAAGAUGGCUGAACUAGCCAAAGCUCAUGCGAAGGCUUUAAUGCCAUCAUUUGGAGAUGGUAGGGAAGAUCAGCAUCGUAUUGAGACUCUUACCCAUGAAAUAACUGAUCUUCUCAAAAGAUCGGAAAAGAAAUUACAAAAACUUUCUGCAGCUGGGCCUUCUGAGGAUUCAAAUGUUAGGAAAAAUGUCCAGCGCUCUCUUGCUACAGAUCUUCAAAGCCUAUCAAUGGAGCUUCGCAGAAAACAGUCUACUUAUUUGAAGCGGCUCCAGCAGCAGAAAGAGGGUCCAGAUGGAGUUGACUUGGAAAUGAACUUAAAUGGGAGCCAUUCUAGAAGGGAUGAUGAUGAUUUGGAUGACUAUGACUUGGGAUUUAAUGAGCAUCAGAUGGCCAAGCUAAAGAAAAGCGAGGCGUUCACUGUUGAAAGAGAGAGAGAAAUACAGCAGGUGGUUGAAUCAGUGAACGAACUUGCCCAAAUUAUGAAAGACCUGUCAGUUCUGGUGAUAGACCAGGGUACUAUUGUCGAUAGGAUUGACCACAAUAUUCAAAAUGUUGCAUCAACAGUUGAGGAUGGCCUUAAACAACUCCGGAAGGCUGAACGAAGCCAGAAACGAGGUGGAAUGGUCAUGUGUGCAACGGUUUUAGUUAUCAUGUGCUUCAUAAUGCUGGUCCUCUUAAUUUUGAAGGAGAUAAUAUUCUGAUUCCUGAUAGUAUUAUCGACAAACUUUGCAUAGUAUUGUUUUCACAACAAUGCCACACAGUGAAGCAUCCAACGCAUAUGCGAGAAGUGGACCAAUCCAGUGGGCUAGAUCCAUAUCAUUUUUCUGCUACUACUUUUAUUGUAUCUGUAUUGUUAGUAGGGACUGCGGAAGGUCUGUAUUAUAGUAUAAGAGAAAGUUGAUAGAUCUCCAGGGAUCCUGUAUAGAGCAUCGACUAUGCCGAUGCUAUUGAUAGAGAGCGUAAUACGUGUAUUCUUUACCCUGGGGAAUUUUGUAGUCUCGCUGACUUAACAUUUUAAGCCCGAGGAUAGAUCUUAUUCUGCAUUUGUGGCCCAUCAUUUUUGUUAAAUUAAGAUGCUACAGAUGAUUUUACCUCUUCAA